GACAUUUGGAUGUGUUUACUGGAAAGUGUUACUUCAUGGCAUGCAACCUGAGGAAACUGACUCAUAAUAAGAGAAGAAGCGCUGUAGACACUAGUGAAGAUGGAGUCCGUGUUAUAUAGUGUCUUUGUGUUGUGUUUGUAUAUUCAGAGUUUGGUGUGUGCAGGGGGCUACGAGACCUAUCACCUUGAAUCCAUGGGUCUGUGCAAACAUGAUAAAGAGGAGGCUUCCAUAUUCAUUAAACCUUGGAAGGCAGCUAUACUAAAGGUUGGGUACUUAAUAGACAGUAACGGUACUCCAUCUAGUCACAAAAUCCACAAAUGCAAGAUUAAUGUAAACACAGCGGACGAUUUUGGCCUAGCAGCUGUGAUAGAACAUAUGAAGAUCCAGGGAACACACGACAAGCUAACUCAUGGCUGGGUGUGUCAGAAGGACUAUAUUAAGCUCAGCACAUCUGGGACACAUAUUGUGUCGAAGCUUUUAAGUAUUUUUUCUGGGGAGCGUAUCAAGAGCAAGACAACGCAAGAGUUGUGUGGGACACGUAAACAAAAUCAGCACUUUUCAGAAGUUGGUUCAAGUGCAAAUGUAUUGUCUACUGUGGCCAACAACUUGGAGGUAUUGUUUCACCAGGGCCAGAGCAAUAGGUACUCAGUAAAUAAUUCCUUCACCGUUGUCAUCACAUCAUUUAAGCAUACAAAAGAUGAUGUGUUUACAGAGGUUUGCCAAGGGAAGUACAUGUGCACCGGCAAUAAGAACUACUGUAUCGACCCAGAAUAUGUGUGUGACCAACAUUACAACUGUGCAUUUCCAUCUGGUGGGGGAGAUGAAGUACAGUGUACAGAUAAACCAGUGCCUUAUCCCAUAUUCUCCACAACAACAACCAUCAUCACUACGUUGGCAGGCAUUGUUGGUGCGGGCCUCGUUGUCUGCUGCAUCUUCACAAUCAUCAUGAAAGUCAGGUCUCGGAAUUCCUCACCUUCAGGAACCUCUGUACCGCAAACUGGAUUAUCACCAAUUACCUCUGUACCUGCACUCCAGCGGCAACAUACACUUCCACCAUAUGAGGCAGUUGUCAUGUCUGAUGCAAGCCAGAGCUGGAAGAACAAUGCUCCUACACACUCUGAGGUGGGAGAGAUCCCCCCCAGUUACCACAUGCUCUACCCAGAAGGUCCACCCAAGGAUUUGCAAACUGAAACUGCCCAUACUGGUGAACAAAAAGAUACACAACCCUGUGCACCACCCUAUAGUUAAAAUUGCUAAAAUUUGUUUUAAAGCUUUUCUAAAGAGCUCAUAAAUUUCUAUACCUGUAGUGGGAAAGCUCAAGUUAUCAAAGUUGAUGCAAGUCCAUAAUUAAUUGUUUGGGUAUUCAAAUUCAAAACUGAGGUAAGUAUAAUUUUUUCCAACUUCCAUUUUAUAUAAAAGUCAUUAACCCUUAGGCCCUGGGUGACGUUCCAGAACGUCCGCCUAUUUUCCCGCCAUUUUAUUCUUUAUUUUUUUAUUUUAUUUAUUUCUUAUUUAUUUUUUUUAAUUAAUUUUGGAAAUGUUGAUUUAUUUCUCGAUUUAUCCCCGCAUGGGGGGUACUGCCAGCAGCACCCUAACCCGGGGCUUAAGGGUUAAGAAGAAUGCAAUAAUGAUGUUUUAAAAGAAAAUUUGAUUACUUAUUGAAAAGACAUACACAUCACUGACAAGUAAAUAAAUGACUUUAUAUCAUAGUUUUAUGUGAAGAGACAACUCACUCUGUAUUUUGAUACUGGUAUUCAAUAAGUUUUUAUUCAAAUUGUAAUUACUGACAUUUCCUUUUGGUUAAUAGUGAAAUGAUAGUGGUUUACACUAAUAAUUAUGGACAAUUUGGGAUGGAAUGUUUUAAGAAAUUAUGUAUCUACAGUAAUACUUUGGGAUCAGGAUAUCCACUAAGAUGUUUACACUAUAAGUGUUCUUUAUCUGAAGAGGCUGUCUUUAAAACAUUUAUGACAGCAGACAGCAUGAACCAACAGCACCUAAAUUAACAAUCAUAAGUUAUUUUUAAGGUUAAGUAGCAUUAUGUUUGUUUAUUAAAUGUCACAAAUGCUUUAUCACAGUUCCUUCCCUGGAUACCCAAGAAAGAUAAUUACCAUUGCAGAGUGAUGCUUAACCCUUAAAUGGCAGUAUCAUCAAUGAAAUUUAACUGUAGGGAUAGUGGCCAUCAUCUUUAGAAGUUUCAUGUUCCUUGGGUUCAAUUUUUGCACAUAAGUGGGGGGCUGACUAGGGAAUCCUUCGCUGCCUGAUAAAGGUUAUAAGAUUUUAUAAGCAGUAGGUAGAAUUUAUAUAGAGGGAUUAUGUUAUUAAUUAAAGCUUCCAGCGUAAAAGAUAUGAAUGGGUGUGCAGUAUGUAGGUGAACAGAAAGAACAAAUGGAAGAUUUUGUCUCAGGCUGUACUGUACUGAGAUAGGGUGUACUACAGUAAUAUAUAUA